AUGUGCUAUGCAUACUGGUUAGCAGGUACGCAUGAUGAGCCGGCAGUCUUCGAUCUCUUCUUCAGAAAGAAUCCAUUCCAAGGAGAGUUCACGAUAUUUGCUGGACUGGAGGACUGCCUUCGUUUUGUGGAGAGUUUCAGAUUCACUAAAAGUGAUAUUGACUUCAUCCAGAAGCUUCUUCCAACCGACUGCAAGUCUGAAUUUUUUGAAUACCUGGCUCAACUGGAUUGUCACAGCUUAGUGAUCAAAGCUAUUCCAGAAGGUUAA